AUGCGCAAAAGUCGACUACUAGUUCAUUUAGGAACACGCAAAAGUUUGUUUGUUAACGGAAGAUCCUAUAGUUCCUACAACAAUGGAGACUCAUCUUCAGGUCUUCCAUCGUUGCCAUUGUUUAAGCAGGUGAUUGGUCAUGCAGCGUCGCAAGUUCCGGAAAAAAAAGCAAUUAUCGACUUCCGAGCUGGUACCCGGCAUUCUUAUCGCCAGUUUAUAUCGGAUGUAAUGAAAUUUCGAAAAAGGCUGUUAGAGGAAUCAGGAGCAGUAGGAGGAGACUUGAAUGAAGCAAGAGUGGUCUUUUUGUGUCCCAGCGGUUAUGAAUAUGUAGUGGCGCAAUGGUCAAUAUGGUCGACCGGUGGUAUUGCGGUUCCGUUAAGUACGGCACAUCCACCACCCGAACUGCUUUAUUAUAUUAAUGAUUCUCGAGCUUCAGUGUUUGUCACUCAUCCGGAAUUUCAUGAACUGGCGAGAGACAUAGCGAAGGAUGCCAGAAUCGAUAAAUUGUUGGUGAUCGACAGAAAAGUUCAAAAGUGCGACCAUCAUGAUAGCCACGAGUUCGAGACACCACGUCUUAUUCCGAUGGAUAUUUCUAGACGGGCUAUGAUCAUUUAUACUAGUGGGACGAGUGGUAAAUAUAUAGGUGUUCUGAUGGUGAAUACGAGCAUAACUUUGAAUUGGUCGGUAUUUUUGCUAGGUAAACCAAAAGGGGUUGUGUCGACCCAUGCCAAUCUUACGGCUCAAGUAAAGUCUUUGGUUGAUGCUUGGAGAUAUAGUGAAAAAGAUAAAAUUUUACAUGUACUCCCAUUACAUCAUUUGCACGGUAUCCUUAACGUAGGUUCAAGCAUCGAUUUACCAGUGUUUGUCGUUCGAAAAUUUCAAUUUCUAGAAACUCUGAUCGUUAACUUUCUUGAUCUUAAGGCGUUGACAUGUACACUGUAUGCAGGGGGAACGGUAGAGAUGAUGCCAAAGUUUGAUGCAUCCGAAGUUUGGAAUAGAUGGAUGAAACCGGAGCGAGAUCUUACUCUUUUUAUGGCUGUUCCGACUAUUUAUU